UUCAGAAAAAAGUUUCAAUCCACCGGGACACAAUAAAAUGGAAGCAGACUUUUCAGUGGAACAUGAGGCUCUCCUGCCGAUUAUGUCCAAACAUUUUGACAAGAUCUUGCCAGCCCAGUGGUGCCUUUUAGCUGAAGGCCAGUUUGACUCCGGCACUGGGGCCACACUGGCCGACAUGUGCACAGAGAUGACCCAAAAACUUUCAGCCGAUGCCUUGAAAAUCAUUAUACCAAUGUUCCAGGAUCGAAUCGGCGAUUUGGGGAUUGACAAAGUUACUCCGGUCCUGGAAGGCGCCAUGAACAGCGCGUUUGCUUCAGCGCUGAACAUCCCUAUGCAAGUGUGCGACUUUGCCGACAAGCUGGACUCACUGCUAACGGACGAGAUUUCCCAGAGGGUAGAUUGUGGUUUGUCGUCGGCUACGGAGCCUCAACAGCUAGCGCCGCUCAUCUACAUGCCUGGUACUUUCACAAAUCUUAAAGUGCUGUACCAGAUGGUGCGACUUGCUUGUGGUGCAUUGUGGACGUACUUGGGUCAUGUUGAGUCGACAACUCGCUGUUUUGGACCCUGUUGGCGUCAGCCUUCAGGAGGCCAUGGGCACCACUCCCAGAUGACAGAGCCAAAUGAGCCACCGAGUCGGAUGUCGUCGUACAGCCCGAAGUCAAACAUCAGCGUUGAUGAGACAACUGAGGCGGUAACUGAAAUCCUUCACAAAUGGUCUGAACCCAAGGUCUCUCAACCGGCAGGAUCACGACCCAAGACCCCUGAAGAUGUUCAAGGCACAGCAUCGGACAUUGUCACCACCAUAGUGGCUGACCUUCACUACGCCUCGGACAUGGACAGUAACAGCAGCAACGGAAGCAUAUCCGUCAGCCCUCAUUUUGAUUUGCGAUUGAUUCAGAAGACGCUGACCAACUUUUUUGGAUCACAUGCUCCGGUGACCCCGCGCAAAAAACGCUUUGUCAAUUUCUCAAGAAUGCGAUUUGAGAAGCUGAUGGCGGAUGUGGUUUGUCAAAGUCUGUGGAAAGACUCCGAGUAUCUGGUGAGUCUACGGGGCACAUUUGAUGCUGAAGAGACUCUGCCUCCAGACCUUCCUCCUCCUUUGAGCUUUGAGGCAAUCCAGAACGAUGUCCAGGACUUGUACGAAAAGUUUGCAGUGGUGGGAAGAAAAGCUACAGAAACCACAGAGACACUCCGAGAUGACAUAACAAUGUUUUCCAAAAAGCUGAGGGAUAAAAUCUACAAGUACGUUAAAGCUAAUCAGGCGACCUCUGAUCUUGCAGCCAGGCCGUCACAAGGGGGGAGGAAGCGCAAGAAGCGUCACACCGAUGUCGUCUUUAACAUCGUAGAAGAUUCCGUGGGGAAGUUCUUGCAACAGGUGCUCCUCUGGAUGGAGAUGGAGUCGAACAAAAGAAAGGAUCGUAUUGAUGGUGUGUGUGGUGCCUUAAAUGACAUUGACACACUCAUCACUUCAAUUAGGACUCCAAAGAAGAAAUCUGGUUCUCAGGACAACUGGGCGGAACACCAAGCUGGUAAAAAGAGGGGUGUUAGUGACUCCUUAGCAACAGUUCCCCUCACUGCAGCCACGUUGGAGAAGUUAGCCAAGAGUCUUGUGAGCAUGCUCAUCAUGACACUGAUUAAACACUUCUCCAAGAAGGUCAGGAAGUCAAUGGGACAGUAUGAAGUGCAGCUGAUCAUCAGCAAGGUCUAUCACGAGGUCCUGAGAGAGGUCAACCUGGAGUCCCUGGCCGCCAUGGACAUGGUCGCCUACAGCAGAUUCAUCAAGGCUGUCAUCCAGGACCUUAUCCGGCAUUAUCGUUACAAGAAUAGCCUGCUGGAGACUUUCAAGUCGAACUCCGACUCUUUUCGGGAUGCUGUGUCGACCCAUCUCGCCAACAACCUCAAAGCUUGUGGAGACGGAUCAGGCAGGAGCAAAAUCAAAAAUUUAUUUUCGUCUACAGAUUACACGUCUUGUCAAGAACUGGGUUUUUACCGAGGCCUCUUGACGGUCGCACAUGCCCUGAGGCAAUCCUGACAAGACGCCCGAGGCACCUCAUCCGGCUCCUCGCAAUGAAGCAGCAGCUCUACUCGGAGUUCCUCCCGGGUGACGAUGCUUCUCCCCACGUCUCUUACCUCCCUAUAAUUCCACCAAGUGCGUUUGCGUUGCUGAGAAUUUACUGCAUGUCACUUAGUCGCAACACGGCUUCUCAAAGUUCUUGUGGAGAAAUCGAUAAAUUCAACAAACAGGCAGAAGAAGAUAGCUGACUUGCUUGGAUUUCAAGUUUUUCUGGAUGUUUGUGCUUUUAAAAUAGGUAAGUAACCUAUUAUUAAACAUGUGGCGUUUUGUACCCAA